AAGUUACACAAAAAACGAAUCGCCUAAAUAGAAACCCAUGAUAUAGAUGUUAAAGAUUCAGUUUGUCGCGGGAAAGCUUGAAAUAAACAACAUGCAAAAUUGUACUAUUUUAUUUCAAUGUGGUCGUUUAAGUUAUUCAGUAUUUCAUUUUGUUUCUAGUUUGGACACUGUUAAGGGACUUGAUUUACGUCAUUAAGUAACUAGCUACUAGUAGCGUUUGGUUUCUCAAGUUGGCUGAAUACGAUAUUAUGUCUCGACCAACAAGAGCCAAGAACCAACUGAAUUACUCAGACUUGAUGGAGCUUGAUGAUGAUGAAGAUUUUGCCUGUAUGAAAGGGCCUUCCAGCAAGAAAUCUCGGCUCCUUGUCAAAGAACCACAGAGAGACAAGAGUCUGCAUCAAUCAAGCAAAUCUUUCGGUCAGGAUUCAAAGAACACAUUGUCUUUAGAUGACGAAGAGAAUGAAGUUGAUUCACAAGCAUCCUCUUCUCUCUCUGUGCUUCAAAGAGCUGUGGUUGUAGAGAAAACACCCAGUAGAAUAAACCUUCAUGAGGUCACAAGUGAGAGGGGAUCCAAUGUCAACCCCUCCAGCCAGAGACGGGCAGCUGUCAAAGCUAAAGAUCAACAGAGAUCCAUACUGAAAGUGGAGAGGAUCAGCCAGGUUGAGAGUGGGCAGGAGGAUAAGGAUUACAAGCCUACCUGCAUACCACAGAGUUGUAGUCCGACUCCAGCCACAUCAAAGCCUGUGUUAACUCAGAGGAAGCUUGCUGACACUCCCACUUUACCUGGUAGACCAUCCCCUAACAGCCCAGUAGGUGGCAGGCUUCUAAAGUGGAAUCCACCAGGUUGCAGUUGUAAAUGAGAACUUGUUCUCAACUGGCCUACCUGGUUAAAUAAAGCACAGAGUGGAAUAAGUCCCAGCUCAACCCCGAAUUCCACCACAAAGUCUCCAGGACAAGGCUUGCGACUGGGAUUGUCCCGCUUAGCAAGGGUCAAACCUCUGCACCCCACUGCUAGUGGUAACUGACACUUGCCCUACUAAACAGAGAGAAGAGAGAAGUCAGAAUCUCUUUUUCUUUGGUGUACUGUGUGUUUAGCCUGUUACUCUUGUGUUGCAUUGCUAAUAUUGGAAUUCUGUAAUCAUUUUUGUUUAAAUGUUGUAUCUAGUGAUUGCUAUUCAUCAAAAUGUUUAUUUAUUUAACAUUCGUUUCUUACCAUGCCUGCAAUUGUCCAGUAUUUUUUGUAAUAUUAACAAGCAUUUGAUACUUUG